CCGUCUGUAGAUUCGUGGGAAAUUACCAGGUAUGCUCACUGUGUUGAGGUUAAAUGGAGAAUAACCAGUUGGCGUUUCCAUCCUCAGGUGUAAAGCGAUGUUACAACGGACCGGCCCCCAUCUGCUUCUCCUAAUAGCCCUGUGCAGUGUGUUGUACUCCCGGACUCUGAGUCUGCCAUACACAUCCAUGAGACCGACGAGACACGCAGACGGUCUGUUCACCAGCGGAUACAGCAAACUCCUGGGACAGCUAUCAGCGCGGAGGUACCUGGAGUCUCUGAUCGGAAAGCGGGUCAGUGAUGAGCUGAUGGAGGAGCCAGUGAAGCGCCACUCAGACGCCAUCUUUACAGACAACUACAGCCGCUUCCGCAAACAGAUGGCCGUCAAGAAGUACCUGAACUCAGUCUUAACAGGGAAGAGAAGCCUAGAAGACCCUGGAACCAGCGACCCCGAGGAGUCCAGGGACGAUCCCAACACCUUCCAGGAGAGCUACGAUGACAUCAACGUAGAUCACCUCCUAAACAACUUUCAACUGCCACUUUGAGGAGGGGCCAGUGCUCGAGUGAAUACCUCAAGUCAUCCUCAUGAAACCGCCCAUUCCAAAAAACAACACCGUAUUAAUCCAAAGGACAUUCGAAAGGCAGAUCAACCAACAAUGAUGUGUUCUCCAAUGUGGUUAUCUAUCUAUUCAUCCACACAUUACAUGUUUACACUUCUUAUCUUCUCUUAAUCUUUAGUGAGCAGUGUAUAUAUAUGUACACGCAAUGUUAAGUAUAUAAUAUUGCUCGCUAAAGAUUUUUUGGCCCAAAGACUCUGCGGGCCGCACUGAGCAACAUGUGUGUCCACGUGCAGUUUGGUCAAUCAGCUUCAUAAUCAGCUUCAUUCACUUUUUAAUGGAACCACUGUCCUAUUAAAUCUGAGUAAAAUGUGUCCCUUUAACUUUCAGUUAAACAUUUGACCCGUUGACUGUCAAUGGAACAGCAUUUAUUUUCAGUAGUGUAACAUUUCUUCCCAUUGCUUUUCAGUGGAUAGACUGUACCAUCUGGUUAACUUUAAAUUGGGAAAUAUGUUUGAUUUCAUUCACAUGAAAUUUCAUUCACCAAAUUUCCAUUAACUUACAAUGGCGCACUUGUCCAAUUAAUCUUCACUGAAACGUUAGCAUCAUUAGCUCUCAGUGGAAUUAUUGCUCUAUUAAAAUUUCAGUGCAACAAACUCUAUUAGUAAAUUAUUCUAUUAACUUUCAAUGGAAAUGUUUCCCCAGACUUUUAAUGGCAUAACUGUUCUCUUUAAUUUGAGUGAAGUCUGGCCCAUGAAAUUUCAAUUAAACAUCUGACUUGUUGAACAUCAGUGGAACAGCUGUUGCAUUUACUUUCAAUAGAGUAAAAGUCUAGCUAUCACCAUUAGUUUUCACUUUAUAAAAAUUUAAAUGGAUCAAACUGUAUUUGUUUCAUCAUCAAAAAGAUUAUUGGAAAUAUUUCGCCAAAUAACUUUUGUAAUCACUAUUACUAUCCCUAUUAAAUUUGAGGUAUUGCGAUUGCAUUUUUCUUUCAACAGACUAAAUAUCUCACUGAUUUUCCAUCAGUCUACAAUCCCUUUAGCUUUAAGUCAAAUAUUGUCCAAUUAACUUUGAAUGGAACAAUAAGUCCGAUUGAGUUCUGACUCAUUACCCUAACCAGUAGUUCAUUUCACCAUUGGCUUUCAGUGGAAUCACUACUUUAUAACAUUACAGUGGAACAAACUGUUCAACUUAACCAUUGCCUUGUACCUUUAAUAGAACAAUAGUUGCACAAACUUUCAAUGGAACAUUUUUCUCAUUUUGUUUCAUCAGAAUGAUCAUUUCAAUAGAUUUAUUGUCUCUUAAAAAUUGGACAAUAAACGGGGACAUGUUUCACUAGAACAUCUGUUGAGUUUGAUUCGAAUUAAACAGAUGUCCCAUUGAUUUUCAAUGGUGCAAUCAUAAUCUAAGCACUGACUGAAUUGUUUUAGAGAAUCCAAACAUGAUAAUUUGAUGAUAAAAAGAAACUGUGGGAGCAAGAGGAAGAAGAGUUAGAGGAACACAUUUUGAAUGGACACAGAUGCAUAUAAUCACUUUAUACUACUCAAUAUGUAGAGCAAAGAAGUUAUAACUGUGCAUAGAGCUGCCUUUAGCGCAUAUAGUGA